AUCAUCUCAAAGAUGAAGUAAUUUUGAAAACGUGGAGAGUUUAAUGCCCUUUAAUAUCGGCUACGUUUCACCAGAUUUGAAAAGCGAUGUGAAAUUUAAGAAUUGAUACUAUUAGGCUUACCAUUGAGUGCAACAAAGAUGUUGUGCAACGUGUAUUUCGAAGAACAUCACGGUUUAAAUAUUCAUUAAGGGACUUGUAAAGUCAUGUUGGAGAGUUUGGCCGCAUGGGUUCUGAGGACGUACGUGGGGGAAUAUGUCGAAAACCUGAACACAGACCAACUUUCCAUUGGCUAUGGUAAGUCAGACAAUGAAGAAGAAGAAAAAGAUCGUGAAAGGGCUCGUAAAAGAAAACACUUGGAUGCUUUGGAGGCUCAGUGGCUUGCAGCUAGAAAUGAAAACACUGGAGGCUUCUGGUCUGGUUCAUGGUGGCCAUCCUUGUAUUCAUCUUUCUCUACAACAAUCGCUGAAAACUUACAGCUUGUUAUUAGCGAUGUACAUUUUCGCUAUGAGGAUGCCUCAACCAACGAGUCAUUGCCUUUUGCAUUUGGUAUAACCAUUGCAAAACUCUCAGCUCAGUCUACCAAUGAAAACUGGGUAGGUGAAAAAAUAAUUGAACUGAACUGUACAAAAAAAAUUUGUGUUGUGUUCUUAGGGGUAAUAGUUUNCUUUCAGAGUGCACUUCAACGAAUGAUUAACAGAAACCAGGGAAAAGCUGGCUUUAGCAAGCACCAGUACAUAUUAAAGCCAACUAGUGCACAAGCUAAGAUGAAGAGGAAUGCUAGUGCUUUGCCUCUGAGGUCUCGACAAAUGCCACGUUUUGUUGUGGAUGUUCAUGUGGAAAAGAUUCCAUUGUCACUGGAGGAAACACAAUACAAGAUGUUAAUUGCUCUGAUGGAUGGGUUUGAAAGACAUUUCAGACAGCGUCGGUACCUUAAGUGGAGGCCUAAAUGUCAAAUCAAGAAAAAUGCACGAGAAUGGUGGCAGUUCUCAAUAAAUUGCAUUUUGCAGUCAAUUAAAGAGAAAAAUAUCCAUCAAACCUGGAGUUUUGCUGUCAAACGAGCUCAUGACAUUGUGAAGUAUGUCAAUAUAUAUUCACAACAUCUUACCUCUGCCACAGUGGAACCUUUGCUUAAGGAGAAACAGUCUCAAAUUGAGGACGAGUUAACAUUUGAGGAGCUGGUAGUUUUAAGAUCCAUUGCACAGACAAGGGCUGAGAAUGAACUGAGUCAGCAGAUGCAGACAGGUAAUGCAGAUGAUUCUCAACCACAAGAGAACAAGGAAUUAGGGAAAGCUACCCCAGCCACGGGAGGAGAAGGUGGUAGUUGGCAGGGCUGGCUAACAGGGUGGUACAGUUGGUCUGGAACUGAUACUACUGGAACUGGGACAGCUGGCAUGCCAAAAGAGAAUGAUCCAAAUCCGUUGUUUAUAGGAGAACCUCCCACCACAAAGGAGGAAGAGGAGUUUCUUGGAGAGCUUGCUGACAGUCAUCUGAAUGAAUCCAUCUUCAACAGAGACCAAGUCUUUGCACACUUGAACUUCAGACUGGGUGCAGGCUCCUUUAAACUGGUCAACACCAAGCACGAAAACACUGCCUCACAAACAACAACUGUGUUGCCAGUAAUUGAAGUCGAAUUUUCUGAUUUGAGAUGGGACUCUGAGAUGCGGCCUCGUUCAAGCACUUGGGAGUUUAGCAUGAGUCUAGGAGCUUUAUUUGUGGGAGAUACACUGACUACAGGAACUUUGUUUCCAGCUUUGGUUUGUCCCCAAGGUCGGGAGUCACAGAGAGUCCUGAAUACCAAGAAACAACAGGCUACAGUAACAAAAGGUACAGUGGGAGCAAUGAUGAUGUCAACUGCAAGUUUGGGACUUAAUAUUUUACAAGAUAUGAGUGAACCAGUAUUUGAAAUGAAGUUUGAAUCUCUACCACCUGCAAGCAAAGUUGGUUACAGGCUAUCAGUAACAACGCAACCUCUGGACGUAGUUUACAAUCCUGUGGUGCUGGAUCACAUUUCAGAGUUUUUUUCUCGUGCAUCAAUGGAAGGUACUCAAGCCCUUCAUAUUGAGAGGCAGCUCCGUGAAGUGGCACGUGUGAGAUAUGAAGCACUUAAAAACCAGACCAGAGCUGAACUUGUCCAAACGCUUGAUGCCAUGAUGGAAGGAUCAGAAGUGGGCCAGUCAAAGAGAUGGGAUAUUCAAUUGGACAUCUCUGCACCAAGAUUUCUUGUUCCAGAGAGUUUUCAGGAUAGGACAGCAUCAGUGGUUUUGAUAGACUUUGGGCACUUAAGCUUUGCAAACACCCAAGCGCUUAACAGAAAGAAGACCGUUUCAGAGGGCCAUGAUACUAAAACAGAAAAGGAAGAUGACGCUUUUAUGACCCCACCCAGCACCCCACCUGCAGAGGAAGAGGAGUUUUUGUCAACCACCGAUUCAACUGAUGCACUUGUGAAUGAAAUAAGUAGUGAAUCUCUGAUUGACAUGAUGUAUGAGAGGUACACUCUGGAUUUGUCAGACAUACAAAUGGUGGUUUGUAAUGUGAAGGACAACUGGUCCGAAGUUGCCAGCAAACCACCCAUGACAAGUGAUGUUCAUGUGGUAGAUAAAUUCACAAUAGCCAUCCAGAUGGAAAGGAGAUUACUGUUUACAGCUGAUCCGCGGUACCCUGCAGUAACGUUUUCUGCCAAACUACCCAGCUUGGUAUUGCACAUAAAUGAACACAAGCUGCAAGCUUUGACAAAGUGUGUAAAACAGAUGCGUAAACCUAAAACGUCCAACCCCACUCCACUAGUGAAACAAGAAAGGAUUGUUGCUAGUUCUACUCCACUGCCCCCUCGAGAAAGGGUGGACAGCCAUGGCAGUUUGGACGACCUGUACUACAGCUUGUACAGCAGCAAUGUGACAAUUCCAGAGAUGGUUAAGGACUCACCAACCAGGAGUAUCAGCAGAUCAGCUGUGGACACCACUUUAGAAGAUAAAACAAAAGAACUCAUGGAAGAAUCCAAAAUGUUGCUUGUUGAGCUCAGCAUCGACAAGGUUUCCCUGGGUGUUCACAGCAUGGGUUGCUUGAUCGCUGAACUACAGGUGCUAGGCGUUAAGGCAAACUACAUGAAGAGACCAUAUGAUUCAUCGACAUCAUUUGCCAUCCAUGGAGUGCACCUUGUUGAUGCAUUACAAAGCUUUGGACCUAACUAUGAAUUGCUUUUCUCCUCGUGUAAACCUGACCUGGCAAAAUCUUCCAGUGAAACUGGUUUUACUCCAUCACGAAGUAAGUUGCAGAGUAUACUAGCAAUGUUAUUGUGUUGUCAUGCUCUAUCACACUCACUCCUCCCCCACCACCUUUUUCGCGCCAUCAUUAUUAUCUUACUCGUUUGCAUUUUCGUCUUUCAGGAGCAGUUGUCAGAUGUCACAGAAGUGACUGCAUCAUUUAGAUCCAUCAGUGUUCUUGUCAUAAGAAGUAUUAAGCUCGAAGGAGUGAAAUCGGUGCGAAAAGUUGCAGAGGUGUCUAUUAGUGAAGUUCAGCUGAAUGCAUCUGUUGGAGAAAGUCAGCGUAUUGAUGGCUCUCUUGGAGGUCUCAGAAUUGCAGAUCUCACUCCAGAAGGCUCGCUGCAUCGUUUUGUGUACACAUGUGGAAGUUUAUCUGCUGGAGAUCGUUCUAUAAGAGAUUCUUCGUUUUUGUGGUCAUUACCAGAAGACAUGCAAGAUGGCCCAAGUGAUCGCAAAGCAUUUAUAUUCACAUUAUUGAUUCCCAAGAAGGGCGGACAAUGUUCAAAGAUUAUUUUAGAAUCGACCACUGAGCUAACCACGGACACUGAGGAAAUUGCAAGGAAUAUUCAGUUGAAUGUUCAUAUGGCUUCUGCGCAGUAUACUCACACGCACAGGUUUCUUUCUGAACUUUUGUUAUCAGCAGGGGAUUAUGCUGACUAUGCCGCCCAGUUUGGAGAAAGUUUACGCCAAGCUGCAAGCAAUGUUGCCAUGGGUCUUGUGAGUAAGAAGAGGGCACUGGCAGAAGGCCUUGAUUACCUUUCGUCCUCAUUUGUUACCACUGCUGGGCAAGAGGAAAGAAGUCUUGGCAGUCGCCAAGGAAGCAUCUUGUUUGAAAGUGACAGUGAUGUUCUUCAAGACAGCUGUGACUUUGUUGAUAAUGUUCCUCUGAAGCCCAGCAGACGAGUUUACAUUUGUGUUACUGUAGACUCGCCUGUAGUUCAGUUACCAAAGUCGUCAACGAGUACAGACAUGCUUGUUGCUCGUUUGGGUCAGAUUACAAUAAAGAACACACACUUGAUAGAAGUUGUGGAAGAACAAAGUGAUACAGGACAUCUUACAGGUGUCGAGCACGACAUUGAUCGAGUGUUUGUGGAAAUAAAGGGCAUGAGCUUGUACUGUUUGACAGUGGACAAUGGAGGAGCAGGAAGGACUUCAUCUUCAUCCAAUGCAGAGUCAUCUUCAGGCAGAAACAUCCAGCAUUCACCAAGAUCCACCAACAUGCAUAUUCUUCACAAGACAGCAUUUGAACUUGUGAUUGAUCGUCGAUCUGAAGACGCUGGCUCAUUUGGUGUACCACUAAACUUGAAAAAACCAACAAUUCACAUCUCGGGAAAAGUUGCCACUCCCCUGCAACUUGAACUGUCUACUCACUCAUACCAUCAGCUGCUAGGUACCAUUGACAACAUCGGUGGCAGUAAAGAAACAGUACUUAUUCCUCCUCCGGCAGGAAUGCAAACCUCAUCUGUGGCUAGUCCCACUUCUCAGUCACCAAGCACCCUUUCUCCAAGUUCAUCAGCAUCCAAUUUGGAAGCUUGCAUUCCAGAAAAGGUCUUGCCAGAGAAGCACGUGUCAUUUAUACCAAAUGUUACAUUCGGUGAAAAUGUCGACAUUGAGAUGUCAAACGAAUCCUCUGCUGAAUUUGAAACUGAAUCCGAGGAUCCAACUCCAAUAAGAGCACAAUUUGAAGUGCCACACUUCAGCAUCAAGCUUCGUGGUGAACUCAACAAAGAGGACCGCGAUUUUGUAGACAUAAUGUUUUAUGACUUCGCUCUGAAUUAUGAACACACUAAACCCACAAGGACUCAGUUUGACGUAUCGCUUGGUGGUCUCCUUGUUGAAGAUCUCCUUCAAGAGCCAGAAUCUCCAUAUCGGCAUCUCAUUUCUUCCUCGGCUCCUCGUCGGCCUCACUUACGGGAACGCUCCCUCUCUGCAUAUCCUUCAAGCCUUUCCUCAUCGUGCCCUGUUGUUUCUAAAGCUGGUCUGCACGCAAAUUUUUCCUCUUCUCUGCCACACUGUCUGUCUGCGUCUCCUAGGCAGGGGCCAUUUCGUUCGUUGGCUCCACUACGACCGCUGCUCAAGAAUCAGAAAUUUCCUUCUAUGCCUUCUGUGAAUGUCAGCACAGACAGCGAUUCCUCAAUGGAGGACUUAAGAACUUCAAGCUCUGUGAUGACAGAGAAGAAAGAUAAUAACCUUGUGCUUAUUAAUGUACGUUUAAUUGACAAGAAAGAUGAAGAGUUUACUACUAGUUAUAAUUCGGUGAACCGUUGCAUCAAUGUAGACUUCAACUCACUGGAAGCAAAUUUGAAUCUGCAAACCUGGGUGAUUGUUUUAGAGUUCUUUGGAAUUGGAGUGCCACAGCAGCCCCCUCCCUCCCAACCGACAAGUCCAAACACCACAACUACACAUCCUAAUCCAUGGAAUGACACUGUUAAUGACAACGUGCAGCUGAGUCAAAUUGAAGGUUCCGAACAGUCAGAGAAUGAAGGCAUCAACACGGAUGUCAAAUUUCAAGUGUCAGCUUUGACCCUGACAUUAAGCAAGACAAGAUACCCCAUAGCCAAAGUCAGAGCUUUUGGUCUUUUUACACAAAUCCACAUGCACGAUGGAAACUUUGCUGCCAAUGGUAGACUGACCAGCAUGUCAGUGACAGACAUGUCUCCACAUGGAACUUUGUACCGAGAAAAGUUUACAACAUUUGGAGAGGAAGCUCUGAGUUUUGAUUUCUUCAAGUAUGGCGCUCCAGAUCCUAACUUGUCAAGGAAACAUGACAUGCGUCUCGUGUUACGCAUGUCAUCUGUGCAGUAUGUGCACACCAAGCGAUUCCAGACCGAGCUGGUGGUGUUCUUUCAACAUUAUCUACAGCUCCAGGAGGUGUUGGGCAGGAUGAGGGCCGCUUCAGAAGGAAACGAGGUUUCAUGGGUGUUUGGUAGAGGAACUCGAGUAGAACUUGACAUCAAAGCUGGUAAUCCUGUGAUCUUAGUCCCGCGCUCUGCAAAGUCCUCGCACAUGCUGGUAGCUGAUCUUGGUAACCUCACUGUUGCUAAUGGAUUUCUGUGGGAGGGCUCUCCUGGUACAGUGGCACAUUCUAAAAGCAGGCAAAGGCAACGAUCCCAGCCAGAUUCUGGACCUACUGGCUCACGUCAUCUCUGUUUGAUAGACUGCAUGCACAUUGAUAUGAUGGACAUGGAUCUUUUCACAGCCACAAGAGUUCAGGGAAACAAUCAGCAGUCUACCUCUGAAUUCUCUUACAAAAGCCAGGGCUUAAAGCUGCUUAAGGAGAAGUGCAGACUGAAUUUGACAGUGGAGCGCAACUUGGAUUGGGCAUUUAGUAGAGCGGUUCCAGACUUCAACUUCAGUGGCCGGCUGUCUUCGGUUUGUGCAUCUUUGGAUUAUUCCCAAUACUGCUUCAUCCUUGGAAUGCUGGGAGAAAACUUUGGAGAGCCUCUUGAAGAAUUUGAGAGACCAUCAUCUGUCAUCCAAGAUCCCCUAGGAAAGCCCCCAGUGGCAGAGGAAGUAUGGACAAGCCUGCGAAUGAGUAUUGAGCUUGUCAAUGUCAGUUUGGAGUUGCUCCCUAUUCAACUGUUUGAGCACCCAGAUGAAAAUGCAGACCACACCCAGCUGCCAUCUUUGGCCAAGAUAGACUUCAUCAAAUCCAAAUUUGAGUUUGAAUCUUUCUCUGAUUGGUCGAAAACUAUCGAUUUGGUGUCUGAAGAGGUCAUCUUUGAAGAUACCAGACAGAAAGUUUUACACCUGGACGAUUCUGAUUCAUGUAUCUUCACGGAAGUCUUGUUACCAAGGAGAUCCUCGGCAUCAGCUCGAGAGAGCGAGUACUCCCUUCAAUUCGAGGUUCACUACAGAGAUACGACGAAAAAUACUUUGCUGACGUUCCUGUUCAAUCAUAGUCGUAUUAUGCUUAUUAUUGACUAUCUGCUGGAUACAUACAACUUUAUCAUGUGCCGGAUGUUCAAACCCACUGCAGAUUCAGGAACCUCUGCAAGUCAAGAACAGUCCAUGGACACGUCAGAGGACAGAUGUCCAAGCAAGUCAUACGAAACACCGCCUCCGUCUGCAUCAGGGGUAGCGACAAGAUGUGAGAUGCCAGCACGACCUCAGCCACAGAAGACGUUCGAAAUGAAAGUGAAUAUUUCAGAAACAGAACUGGUUGUUUUGGAGAAUGUCAAGACUAUGGACACACAUGCUGUUGUACUUAAGAUAACGUCCGUGUUGGCUUGGCGUCCUCACCUUCAAAGUCAAAAGUGGCUUUCAUGCAGUGUCCAAAGCCUGGAAAUGUUCUCUUGUGUCUUGUCCUGUGAAGACGAGACUGCUCUGUCAAUCAUAGAUCCAACGUCAGCCUUGGUUGAGCUAAACAAUGCCAGGAAACAAAAGGGAAGGAAGAAUGCGGGACUGUUGGACAUUGCUGAGGAACAACUACCCAGUCUAGAGGUUAAUCUUCAAGGACUCCUCAUCAUGCGUGUGUCAUACAAUGACUACAAGUUAUACCUAAGCAUCCUAGAGUCUGUGUCCAAGCAGCUGAACAAANUUAAACCCUUAAGUCCAUACCUUGAAUUCGUGUUUGAAUUCACAGCUCCAGAUCGUCUUGACGUCACAGUGACAACAACGUUAAUCAACAUGAUAAACCACACCAUCGCCAGUUGGUCUGAAGACUACUACAGACCAGACCCAUCACCUGUGUCAGCGGUCCCCUCGACCGAGACCCCCAGCCUCCCGUCAGUGCCGUCGAGUAGAAGCGACAGCAGACACGAUGAUCUAAACCGAAGCAUGAGUCUCGAAAGCCCUUUGAGCAGUCCUACCAGCAGGCCAGAGUCAAGCAUGUCAUUGUGGUCCACGGGAUCAGGGUUUCCUCGGCGACGGUCACCUUUUGUUCCUUUCUUGCUCAGAAAUCAAACAGGAUGUGUUGUGUGGUUUAAGACGGUGACAACCACUCCAUCAAAAGUGAUCUUGGCAAGCACAGGGCAAGCACUUCCAGGUCUCCCAGGCUCUGGCUCAGGAAAAAUGUCUGACUGGAAAGAAGUGCCCUCAGGUGGCGAGGCGCCUUUUGAGUUCAGUUCUGGAGAGAAGUUGAGACACAGAGACACUCAUGAACUCAACAUACAUCAAGUGAUUGUUCAGGUGGAGGGCUGGGCCUCACUCUCCCCAGUCUCUGUUGAUCGAGUUGGUACGUUCUUCAGGCAAGCUCGGCCUCAGAAGGUGGACAGCACAUCUAUGGUGAGUGAUCUUCAACCUGCGCGAGUUGUAUUCGAUGUCAGUCUGUUAGGCAGAGCACGCAAAGUGGUCACGCUCAGAUCUGCGCUCAUGAUUAAGAACAAGAUGGACUUACCAUUGGAGAUUAAACUACAAGGAUUAACAUCUCUGCAUGGUAAGUUUGGGAGAUUGAUUUGGUUGUCACGGAGGACGUUUUUGCAUAAGUCGAGAAUCAGAAAUUCUAACAUUAAUCGAAUUGAGCCGAUUGGAUUUGGGCUGAGGGAAAAUUUCUGCAAUGACUUACGACUGNCAAUGGGCUAUGGAAGGGAAUGCUCUCCUGCUUCAACUGCAGGGGAGUCUGGGAGGAAGUUCAGGUUCUGUGUAGCGGUAAAGCGAGAGGGAUAUCCAGAAGAUGUUCCUUUACUCGAGGGGUCUCAAACCAAGGGUUUGAAUGUGAUGCCUCAACCAGCCCACACCCUGACGAUAAUGUACCCAGUGAUGCUGGUUAAUCUUCUACCAUGUGAGUUGAGUUACCAGGUUAAAAAUGCUCCAGCUAAAGGAAACAUCAAGGCCGGAAAGUCUGUCCCUUUGUAUACUGCAGACCCAGAGAAAGCUCUUGAUCUUGGCAUCAGCAUUGAGAAUUUCUCGUACUGUGACAACAUUCGCAUUUCAAGACGACUGAGCAUGAUAGAACAUCCAAUCAUCCACGUGGAGUUACAGGACGCCAAGAGAAGAUCUCUGAUAGUUAAUGUCAAAGUCUCAGUGAAACCGGGUGGAUCACUCAGAGUGUCUAUUUAUGCUCCUUACUGGAUGAUCAACAAGACAGGGAUUCCUCUGGUCUUCAAACAAGAGGCCGUUCCUCAUGACAUGGCUGGGCAGUUUGACGAGCAUGAGACGGCUCGUAGCUUGACUCCGUUGUUGUUUUCCUUCUCUGACAGGGAUGCACCUUCAAGGUGUCAAAUGAGAAUUGGUAAGGACUAUCAACCUGUAGGCGGAAAGCCUGUUUGGAGUAACUCAUUUUCACUGGACAGUCCCAGGGAAUUCAAACGUGUACAUGCUAGGCAAGGUGAAAGGCGUCCUGAUAAGGUGUACGAUAUCGGUAUUGAUGUUCGCUUUGGCCAGGGUCGGUAUCGUGAUACCAGAAUUGUCACCCUCGCUACACGGUAUCAGCUGGAGAACAGAACUCAGCACACUCUCGCUUUUUCGCAGAGACACUUCGUCAGAGAGCAAGAAACGUCUAAUCCCAAGAGUGCACUCACUGCCUUGCCAGGGGCCCUGGUGCUUUUUCACUGGGCCAGAACAGACUUAGACCAACUGUUGUGCAUCAGGUUAAGUGAUGUUUCUCACUGUAAGUGGUCUGGGGGUUUCAGGAUUGAUCAGGACGAUUCAUUUCAUGUCAAUAUGAGGAGCAUAAAUGGUUGUUCGUUGUUUGUCAGAGUAGAGGUGAUGUUAAGAGGGGCCACAUUUCAUGUCUUGUUCACUGACGCCUCGCAGCUUCCACCGCCAUUCAGGAUUGACAACUUAUCAGAGGUGCCAAUCGCUUUUUAUCAGUGUGGAACAGAAGACAGGUUAAGCACCAUUCUUCAACCAGAACAAUCAGUGCCCUACUCAUGGGAUGAACCCACUCUGUUACCCGAGUUAUCUGUUGGAGUGAUGGCAAGUGGAUCGUACACACGUUAUCACAUGCAAGAUCUUGGUGAAGGCGAACGGCUUUACUACUAUAACCCCAUCUACGUCGUGUUCACACACACUUUUUCCAGCGUGGAUGGUCACAAUUGCGGUUCAGUUCAUCUCAAACCUGCUGUAGCAACAGAUGAAUCAUCUCUCGACUUGAGAGAGCUUGUGUUAGAUGUACCACAAGGUUCAGCUGUCCUGUUAAGAAGGAAGGAGCCCCACAGAAGGUCCCAGCUGUGGCGUGUGACUGGUAAAGGCCUGUUACGUCACGAGGGCUCCUCACCUCCGUCUGUGAAGCCGUCGUCAGCCAAUGCUGGACUUGUGCUGGAUAUUGACAGCUUAGCUCCUCCCACCUGUGGAAAGUACGUGCGCCUGGUGCUGAGUAAGCCUAACCCAAGGCGGAUACACUCGCAGACAUGGUCCUUCACUGAGGAUAAUCGCAUGAAGUGUGACCUUCCAGGGUUAUAUGUACAACCGAGAGGUGGAGUCAAAGGCUUAAAAGAUGGUGUGGACGCAGUGCUUGGACCAGCAAACAUCACUAAAGAUAGUCAAAUUCCAGUUGAACAGUGCAUCAGCACGUGUAAACUGAGGCCUGGCUCUGGUUGUCUUGGAGUCAAGAUCCUGGCAGAUGGACCAACCAGAGUCCUGCAGAUUGCUGACAGCUUACAACAGUCUGAGGAAGAACCAGAGAAGGACUGGAUGGUAGUGGAACAGAAAGGUGCUAUGCGCCAAGCAACCGUGAGCAGCCUGGGCACCGAGGGAGACUCAUCUGGUCUUGAGGUGCAGAUUCGUUUGGUUGGUGGGAUUGGUGUGUCAAUUAUUAACUCUGUUCCAGAGGAACUCGUCUUCAUAAAUUUGGAGCAAAUACAGGUGGAUUACUUAAGAACUUCCACGCUGGAAACAUUAGAAGGCAGCAUAGGACGCAUUCAGAUUGAUAACCAAAUCUUCGCCAGUCAGCUUCCAGUGUUACUCUACCUCUCCCUCCCUGAAAAGGGCUCUAAGGAAGAGACCAUAGCCCAACAACAACCAACACUUCUCGUGUCAGCUUCUAAAGAACGAAGCAGACUUCCUAAUGUCGAAAUAUUCAAGACGCUGGACGUGUCCCUGCGUAAAAUGACUCUCCAGAUUGAGGAAUUAUUGCUGUUGAAGCUGCUUCAGUUCUUUGGUUAUGUACAGCAGGAUGAUGACAUCACGGCUGCAAACCAAGAGGACGACGAGUGUCUUUAUGCCACACAAAGGCCGACAUUGCCAAGCUCAUCAGGUUCAUCAAAGCGCUAUUACUUUGAGCACCUUCAGCUGAACUCCACUCAGCUUAAGUUAUCAGUGUCAAGUGCAGGCCGGCUUCCGGAAGAUCUUCAGAGUCUCAAAAGCAGCCUUGGUCUUAUUCUGGUUAACUUGGAGGAUGCUACUAUUGACUUAGAAUCGUUCUCACGGUCUCAUCCAUUUGACACGAUGUCCUCUCACCUGGACUCCAUGAGUAAACAUUACACUGAGGAAAUCCGCAGUCAAGCAGCAGCUAUCGUAGGCUCAGUUGAUUUCCUCGGUAAUCCCAUGGGAUUGUUAAAUGACGUGUCAUCUGGCCUGGAAGGACUGGUAAAGAGGGGCAAUGUGGGAGGCUUGUUUUUGAACGUGGCUCAUGGAGUCUCUGACUCCGCGGCUAAAAUCACAGGCUCCUUGUCUGAUGGUUUGUGGAAUGCGUCAAUGGACAGCAAAUUCCAAGAGAGCCGUGACGCGAUGAGGGCCGAGAGGUUCAGUAGCUCCAAGGAUCACUUUGUGGCUGGUGUCAAGGGCCUGGGUAUGGGCCUUGUUGGUGGACUCACCAGUAUUGUGACGCAGCCAAUUGAGGGCGCGCAUAACGCUGGACUGUCAGGUUUCAUAACUGGUAUAGGUAAAGGAAUCGUGGGAACAGUUGCCAAGCCCACCGCUGGUGUUCUUGACUUUGCAUCUGGUACCGCAGCAGCAGUCCGCGGCCAGGCUACACGCAGCUCCAGGUAUCUCCCGCCAAAACAAGCACGCCUGCGAAGGAAUUGUUUUGGACCAAGUGGUGCUAUCCCAAAGUUCACUUCAACCCACGCUGAGGGCCAGGAAAUAAUGUUGAAGUUAAAUGAAGGAAAUUUUAACGAAAAGUUUGUGUUGUCUGAGACUGUUAGACGUGACAAAGAGGACCGCCUGAAAGCCAUCGUCACUACAGAAGGGGUGUACUUUGUACGUGCCCGUGGGACCCCCUCUCCGGAAGCUAUUGUUCUGCUGGUGCGCUUUUCCGAGCUUUAUGAAUGCCAGCCUCUCCCCAGCGACGGCAAGGAUUACAUUGAGCUUGUGAUGAAGGCUGAUAACAGCAGUGUACCGACACCAUCCAAGAACCCCAGUAAAAGACCGAGGGUUAGAUGUGAUAAAAACACCGUCGCACAAAAGGUGGCGCAGAAGAUAAACUAUGCCAAGAAUCUUUAUGAUGAGGUACAGCAGACGGUCAAAGUGGAGCCUAAAGAACCUACCUCCCCUGUGUAGCUACAGUCAAGUUAGAGGUGAAAUGCUUCAUAAAGAAACAAACGCAUUGAGGAGAAGUUCGGACUCCACUGACACAACGGCUCUUGCGAAGGAAGCAGAUUCAUACACUAGUAGCAGCGCACUGGGGAAGAGACUGGAACGAGAAGACAUUUUGAUUUACUGGUGUCACUCAGGGAAUUCUGAAUGGGUUUCUCUCAUUCCCCAUUUAUAAUUCCUUAAAUGAAACCAAUUUCCCAAAGACUGGAAAGUCAGUGAAGAAAAUAGGAAAUAAGCUUCACUGGUAGUUUCAUUUUUUUUUCAUAAGACUGUCACCAAGCAUUUUAAUGUUCAAAGCAGUUUAAAACUGCCAAUCUUAGCAGCGUUUGAGCAGAGUGUAGCGUUGUUCACUUUACAAGCGUGCGCGAGAAAAUAGUAAAUGGCAUGAAAGUUUGCAAUGUUGCAUUGCCAACAAUUUCGUUUACAAAUAAUUCAAUGAUUCUCUGGAUAAAAGAGAGGCAAGGCUUGCAAGCUAAGGUGAAUCUUAUACAUUUUGGAAUUUUACCAUUUUUUCACAUCAAUCGUUGUAGUAUUUAAUGUAUUAGAAAAUAUGUUUUGUAGAUGAAUGAGUAAGAGGGAAUAUUGUACUAUUUAUUCUCCUACUAUUCGCCCUCGUAAGCACAUGCAAGUUUGAAUUCUUAUUUAAUGCACAGAUACAAUUCACAGGAUGUGUCUUCAAUCAGUUUUCAUCAAACGUACACGUACUUCAGCGAAACUAAUUUUAUUUUAGGUACGAGUGCGAAGAUGAAAUAUAAUUUUGCCAUUUUCAAGUUAGACAAUAGUUUAGUGAUUUUAGCACUUACAAGUGGUUAACUUCCGUGAUCAAUUUGUAUGGCACAAUAAAAAUCGCGUGACGCAAAUACCUUACAGAAGAGGUCAGUAGCACCUCUGGGGGUUUCAGAAUUAUUGUAGUUGGGAAUAGAUUAUUUUUCUCAGGGAAAAUGCAAAUGAAAUUAUAAUUGACAUUCAGUUAAAAGACGAUAGAUUUAUUGAAUGGAAUUCAAUUGACCAAAUGCGCCGUUUGUACAACUGUUAUUACAGAUUUGAAGGUUGAAUAUUUUAAUAUGGCUAUUUAGAAUAAAAAUGAAGAAAGGGAA